UUGCCUCCUCUUGCUAUCUUCCAUGUCGACAAUGAAGGGCGUCGACGACGCGUUCCUCGGCGUCGGCGACAAGCCAGGGCUGGACAUCUGGUGCAUUAUGGGCACCAGUGUAGUCCCAAUUUCAAAGAAUUUGCAUGGCAAAUUCUACAAUGGGAACUGCUAUAUCGUACUCAGUACAGCUGAGCUCAAGAGGGGAAGUCGGCAACACAAUGUGCAUUACUGGAUAGGGGAAGAAGCGAAAGAGGAACACUUUGUGAUGGCUUCCGACAAGGCCUUUGAGUUGGAUGCGGCACUGGGCUCCCAAGCUGUCCAGUACAGGGAAAUGCAAGGGGAAGAAUCUGACAAGUUCUUGUCAUACUUCAGGCCAUGUAUCAUCCCGGUGCAAGGCAGCUUCUCUUCGCACUGGAGAAGAUCUGCGGAGGAAUGCGACCAGACCACAAUGUUUCGGUGUGAAGGAGAGCAUGUAGCUCGUGUCACAGAAGUUCCGUUUUCACGUACCUCCCUGGAUCAUAAGGCAGCCUUUAUAGUUGACACUCCGUUGAAGAUCUUCCUUUUCAGCGGUUGUAAUUCUAGUGUGCAAACAAGGGCAAAGGCAUUAGAUGUCAUUAAGUACCUGAGAGAAAACCGACAUUCCGGUAGAUGUGAAAUUGGGACAAUAGAGGAUGGAAAGCUUGUUGGUGAUUCUGAUGCUGGUGAGUUUUGGAACCUGUUUGGAGGCUAUGCACCUAUUCCCCGUGAUGUACCAGAUGCAGCCAAUGGGGAGCUGAUGACUACCACAUCCAAGAAACUUUUUUGGAUUAAUAAGAGAAAACUUCUUCCGAUGGAUGCACACUUGUUAGAUAGAGAAAUGCUGAAGUCUGACAGAAGUUACAUACUGGACUGUGGAACUGAAAUAUACUUGUGGUUAGGGAUGGCAACACUGGUUUCAGAGAGGAAGAUAUCCGUUACUGUCUUAGAGGAUUAUGUACGAAGUCAAGGAAGAUCAUCAAUUGGUCAAACUGUUAUAACGACUGAAGGUCAUGAAAUUGCCGACUUUAAGCUGCAGUUUCAGCAUUGGCCGAAGAAUGUCGUCCAAAAGUUAUAUGAGGCAGGGAGAGAGAAAGUGGCAGCAAUUUUCAAGCAUCAGGGGUAUGAUGUUGCAGAAAUUCCAGAAGAUAAACCUCAACAGUCCAUCAGUAGUAAUGGUUCUCUGAAGGUAUGGCUGGUGGACCGUGGUUCUGUAACCCUCCUUUGCACUGAGGAGCAGGAGGAACUGUAUAAUGGGGAUUGCUAUAUUGUACAGUACAGCUAUGUUGAAGAUGGAAAAGAUUAUAAUCUGUUCUUUUCUUGGUCUGGACAAAAUAGCGUACAGGAAGACAGACUUGCUUCAGUUUCAUUGAUGUCAAGCAUGUCUGAUUCAGUCAAAGGUCCUGCAGUUGUGGGGCAAGUGUCUGAGGCCAGAGAACCAGAGCUGUUUUUCCUAGUAUUCAAGUCCUUGAUCAUAUUCAAGGGUGGUAGGAGUGCUGCAUAUAAGAACUCUGUUCUGCAGAAAAGCAAUAGAACUGAAGGGUACCAGAAAGACGGGGCUGCAUUAUUCCGGGUUCAAGGGCUGAGACAUGAUUGCGCAAGAGCCGUUCAGGUUGAUCUGCCACUAAAGCAAUCGUUUCUAUUAAAAGAAGGUUCUGAACCUGAUCACUUCUGGAAAACAUUAGAAGGAAGAUCAGAGUACUCCAAAGAGAAGUGUGUCAAGAGUUGGCCGGCAGAUCCACGUCUGUAUACCUGUACUUUCCAGCAAUGUCUGUUCAAGGCAAAGGAGGUAUUUACCUUCUGUCAGGAUGAUCUGGCAACUGAGGAGACCUUGAUACUGGACUGCAGUGAAGAAAUUUACGUCUGGGUUGGACUUCACUCGGGUGUCACGUCCAAAGAGCACGCGCUCAACAUCGAUGUUCCUUCAGGCAGGCAAUGCUCAGGAUGGACGACGGUCCAUCGUUGA